UUUAACGUCAUUAAUCUCCUUUAAGUUAUUAGCGAGAUUGAGGUUAGGUAAAGAGAUUGUUGUGAUUGCUGCGCUUACAGCUACUCCGAAGGGCUGUCGUGAUUAAAGACCUCCAAAUUGAUUUCACAGUCAGAAUUAAUGUUGGAGAAUUUUUAUUCUAUGAUUGUCUUGAAAGAGGAGGGUGUGUGAAACGUCACGAUAAUGUUAUCGCCUUUUGCGUUGUUAAAUGUUUUAAGCAGGAACAUUUCUACGUCAGCCCCUGCGUGUCAGAUAAUUAAAUUGAGUCGAUUGAGGGUGGUGGACAACAGCGAGAUAGGGAGGCAGGCUAUGACGGAGGGUAGACCGCCGCGAUGCAUACACGUGUACAACAAACGCGGCGUGGGGCAUAUCGGAGACAGAAUUUUAGUUGCGAUAAGGGGCGAAAAGAAGAAGGGCAUUCUGGUCGGACUGAAGGCCAACCAGGCCCCUAAAAUCCCCAGGUUCGACAGCAACAAUCUGGUGCUCAUUGACGACAAUGGGACACCUCUGGGCACAAGGAUACAGGUGCCCAUACCACACAUACUCCGAACGAAGAUGAAGGAGAAGACUCACAUCAAAGGAGCAGAUUAUACGAAACUAAUAGCGAUUGCAUCCAGAUUCGUGUAGUGUAUCUUGCUUUUUAUUGUAAUAUACAAAUGUAUCAAAUGUUUCAGUAAAAUGUUAAUUGUAAUUAUC